UAAAACCACUAAGCUAUCCAACCAUGAAUGAACCACCCAUUUUUCCCUCCCAUUCUUCUCCUUAUUAUACAUAGUAUUAGCUAUUUAUUUAAAGCAUCAUCCUAAAAGACCCUCUUUUUUGUUAUUCCUACUACUAUUCUUUUUAGCCUUGAAGAAAUGUGGCAGAAUCAAACUUCUUCCUUUAGAGAAUCCAUCAAAGCCCUUGAAGCUGAUAUUCAACAUGCCAAUACUAUGGCAGCAGCUCUUCCGCGGGAUCUCGAUGGGGAUUGUGUUCAGAUGAAAGUUUGCUACGGCUUUCUUGCUCCGUUCUUGCUAUUUCUGAUAGAAUGGAUGGACUAUAGUUGCUUAGAUAAUCUUGCUACUUGUUUAGGCCUCCUUCACAUUCUUGUUUACAGGGUCUAUGUUGAUGGAAUUCCAACAAUGUCCCCACAAGAAAGGAAAGCUACAAUUAAAGAAUUCUACGCCAUUAUAUAUCCUUCACUAAAGCAGCUAGAGGGAAAUCUAGUGGAAUUAAUGAAGGAGAAUGAUAAAAUAACUCAACUCUCUCACACUUGGAAUGGAGAAGGAGUGGAAGAGAAGAGACAGUCAUGUAAAAGUAUAGAGGCAGAAGAAGAAUGCGACAUAUGCAUGGAGACUGGCGCCAAGGUGGUUCUGCCUAAUUGUGGCCAUUCCAUGUGUGUUGUCUGUUUCCAUGACUGGUACAUCCGGUCUCAAUCAUGCCCUUUUUGCCGAGGUAGUCUAAAGAGAGUGAGCUCCGGAGACUUGUGGGUUCUAACUAGUGACUGCGAUGUGGUUGAUAGCACUGUACUUGCGCAGGAGAACCUAAGGCGCUUCUACCUUUAUAUUGAUAAGUUGGCACUUGCUGUGCCUGACACCAAUGUGAUGCUUUACGACUAUAUGAUAUAGCGUUGGAAGUGGAAGCAAUGAAUCAUGCAUACUGGCCUAUUAUCAAAUAUGCACGAUUCGUCUUUAAAUCCCAUAUAAUACAGCGGAAUAAGGGCUCUCACUCGCAUUGUAUAUAGUUAGCUAAAUACUAGCUGUCCAUACUGCAACUCAGAGCUUCAGCGACAAGGUGUUUGUGGAAUGACUACUCUUUGCACAUGAUUGCUUUGUGCAAUUCCGGAUAAGUUUCUUAAAUGGAGGAAAAUUAUGUAAAGGGUCAUCUAACUCAUGACAAUAGAAAGCAUGGAGAUAUGUCUGACAUUCAACUCAGUUUUUUUGGGACCUGAGUGCUGAAAUGGGAAGGCAAAUGACUAAAAGGAUUUAUUUACCGUUGGCAAGUUUAGCUGCUGAUUGUAAUGCUUGUACAGUAUAUUACAAUGAAAAAUAAAGGAUGUAUUUACCUGUUACUCACCAAA